AAGGGUACCUAGAAUUACAGGUUACCUAGAAUUACAGUGAGAAUUCAAGUAUGUGACUUUCAUAGCUUCACUAGUGCGUUGCACAUAUAAUAAUCACACAUCAAAAUACCGAUUAAUUAAGUUUACAUGGCAAGAUAUAAUACGUUAUAAACAAACCCAGAACUGUGUGUUGGGCAAUAGAAUUCAUCCGCGGUGAUUCAUUGAACAGCACAGGGCAUUUCAUUGUACCUUUACUAUCUAAAAGACCAAUAAGAAAGUGGAGAGCGAAUGCUGAUCCACAUGUUGAGAGCGAUUGCAAAUACUAUAACAGUAUACUGUUGCUACACAAGGUGAGAGCGAAAAAAUAUACUGAAACAGAAAACCGUGGAUCUCGUAGCAGCAUACAAUCACUUGGAAGGAUAACGGGGUGAUUUCAGUCUUUGUAAUCGAAAGAUAUAGUCAAUGGGCAGUGGCCCAUGAUGAACACAAUAUGCCGGCGGGUGGGCCUUUUGUAUACAACAGCACUCGAGGUAGGUGGUUUAUUGCGGAUAGGCAGUCGGAUGUCGUGCAUGAACAUUUUCGUUAUCGCACAAGGGGUUAUUGGGAGCUUCGGCGCUGCUCGAUUGAGGCAGUGGCUGCAUAUUGCCCUGCACCGGUGUAUCCGGAGGGUCCACCUUCGAUGUUUGGUGCUCCUGUAUUGGAUGGGAGGGUUCCACACCGCCUGUUGGGUUUGCCACAAAAGACUACGUGGGCUCAGGUGUGUGCGGAUAUCCGACUUCUGGCUGAUCGUAAAGGCAAAGUUGAGCACAUAAUGCUUUUAAGGGUGCUUACCGACCCAUCGGUGCGUGACCCGUUGUGUAGUGUUUAUAAUCAUGAAUUGGUUACACUCGGUUGUC